GAGCAUGAUGAAGUUCUUACUGGUGUUGGCCUUGGCUGCUGUGGCUGCUGGGGAUCAUUCCCUUGGCGGACACGGGCAUUUUCAUGGACAUUUCCCUCCCGCCGGGCAAGGGCACUUCCCUCCUGUCGGGCAUGGAUUUAGGCCCAACGCGUUCAGCUUCCCACACGGAGUACAUGGCUUCAGACCUGCCGCCGUCCACCGCCCCGUGCGACCUGUGGCACCUGUGCGACCUGUGGUGCAUCAGCCGGUUCCCGUGGCCCCGGUGCACCGAGGCCGAAGUGGACCUGUGGUGCCCCAGCCAGCUUCUUCGGGCGUCCCGGUGAGUGUCGAGGCCCCUGACGUUGCAUUCAGACUGCCUUCACAUCUUGAAAUAACUCGUAUAAUAUAUGCAUGUAUGGCCAGAUCCUUCAUCCAAAUUUUUGGAGUAAUCUUUGCUUUCAUUUUGAGUUAA